GCAUUCGUCACACCUUCCUAUCUAACAUCAUUUCUUCGAUAUUACAAUCCUCAUCACAUAUCCAAAACAUCUCAACUUUGCUUUCCACAUCUUAUCUUCCGCCGAAGCGACAGAUAAUAUCAAGAAAAAAAAGAAAAACAUUAGCAUUUUUUUCCAAAUGAAAAUUAAGAAAGAUCAAAUAAAUAAUGACCAAUGAUUCCAAGUUUGCCUUCCAAAAUUUUGGACUCAUUCAUCAAAUAUACUCUCUACCACAAGAUCACGUCUCUUUAAAAUGACCAAAAUACCCCUCAAUAGAAUCUCACAACUAACCAAAAAGAGAAUAUCUCGAUGACCAUUUUAGUCAUUUCACACCUCAACUCCGUCUCCUCCACCUUCAAAUCCUCCGCCAUUUCUCUCUCACACACACACUCUACACUUCCCACACUUUCUCUCUCUACCUAUACAUACACACAGCAAACCUAUACAUACAGCAAAAAAUGGCGUUACAAGUGCAAGUAAAUCAGGUACCAUUGAAGUCGUCAUCAUCAUCAACGGCGCCGUUAACUUCGCCGUGGAGGUUCAGCAAGCGUACAGUGGUAUGCGUGGCAGGUGAUUAUGGAUUUUCACCUAAGGUUUUGAGGAACAGAGAAUUGAGCUUAUUGAAGGUGAAGUGUAGCAGCUCAGAUGCUACUGCUACAGCUGUGACGGUGACGGUAGGACAAGUGACGGAAGUUUGUAAGGAUACUUUUUGGCCGAUUGUUGAAGCUGCUGGUGAUAAAACUGUCGUACUUGAUAUGUAUACACAGUGGUGUGGUCCUUGUAAAGUGAUUGCUCCGAAGUUUAAAGAUCUGUCGCAGAAAUAUAAUGAUGUGGUGUUUCUGAAGCUGGACUGCAACCAGGAUAACAGGCCACUAGCCAAGGAACUAGGCAUCAAGGUGGUUCCGACAUUCAAGAUUCUGAAGCACAAUAAGAUCGUUAAAGAAGUCACCGGAGCAAAACUUGAUGAUUUAGUAGCAGCAAUUGAGGGCGUGCGAUCAAGUUAAAUGUUUUUUUUCCUAUUAUUUCUUCCGUUUAUUUGUUUAUAAUGAAGCAGAUAAUGUGUGCUCUACGAAUACCGCAACUAGUUCUAACUAAAUUCAGUGUAUAGCUGUAUGUCUGUGGAUGAUGAAGUUUUCAUUAGGGAAGAUGGAAGUGAUGUAUUUGUGCUGCAAUAGAUUUUGUCUUGUUAUAAA